AUGGCCAUCCCGCCGAUUGCCAAAGCCACAUUGCAGGCCGCGCUCAUCAAUGCGGGGUCUAACGUGUUAGCCCAGGGGAUUAAGGCUUAUCGAGCCAAUGUGACUACCACCUUUGAACUAGACAUUGAGUCUCUGAUGCAAUUUACAACCUGUGCAUUCAUCACCUCACCACUGAGCUACCUCUGGCUGGGAACUCUGGAAUCAUGGCUUCCCGGCCGGGUGCCCGACUCGAAGACCGACCAAAGAGAAAACAAAAACGAUAAACAAACCCUAUCAAAGCCAUCUUUGAAUUUCACCAAUACAGUCGCAAAGAUUGUUAUUGAUCAGGCUAUCGGCGGCGCUUGGAACACCAUUGUUUUCAUUCUGACGAUGGGGAUACUGCGGGGAUUGGACUAUGAUACAAUCACUGGACAAAUUCAAUCGGAUUUUUGGCCUAUUAUGGUCGGUGGAUUGAAGCUCUGGCCACUUGUGUCUAUUCUCAAUUUCACAGUGGUGCCUGCUAAUCGGAGGUUGCUUGUAGGUAACAUUUUUGGAGUUGUUUGGGCUAUUUAUCUCAGUCUGAUGUCUGGGUAA